GCCUAGAAAUCUAGACGCACCCUAGCGGCCGCAAAAUAUAUUUGCUGCCAGGGUUUAGUCUAGGCACUCACAAUACACUUAACAGCUCCAAAAACCAAAAUUUGGUCAGGCCAAUCACAUCGUGUGUAGCGUCUGUGGGGCGGGCUUAACAUGAUGACGACAGAGCUGCGACGGUUCCUACUUGAAAACAAAGAAUGGCUGCUGCUGCUGGCGAACAGCUUUCUUUUGAAGCGGCUUUGGCCGCGACUCUGGAGGACUUAAACCUAUGUUUUUCUUUGAGAGAAGAGCAAAUAACCCUACUGAAGUCCUUUUUAAGCAAUAAAGAUGUGUUUGGAGUUUUGCCGACUGGUUACGGUAAAAGUGUGAUAUACCAAUUAGCUCCACUGGUGGGGAAACGCAUGGGACUCAGCCACAAUCCGCUUGUGGUUGUUGUUUCACCAUUGAUAGCGCUUAUGGAAGACCAGUUAAAGGAGGCUACAAAAUUUGGACUUAAGGCCAAACAACUGUGCAAAGGCGACCAGGAGGACAUUCGAAGCGGCCAGUGCCAGCUGGUAUACGGGAGUCCUGAAUCCUGGAUUCUUCAGAAGCAAUGGCGAGAUAUGUUGUCCACCAAAGUCUUCCAAGACAACAUUUUGGGAAUUGUGGUGGAUGAAGCUCAUCUCACGUACAAAUGGGGAAAGAGUGCUAGAGGGCAUAAGGCCUUCAGAGAGAGUUUUGCCAGGCUAGGAGAACUGCGAUCCAUCGUAAAACAUGGUACACCUAUUAUGGCCUUGACUGCGACAGCGGACCUGGAUUCCCGAGCAAUUAUCAAAAGACAGUUGCAGUUGGAGAAUGCCACUCAAGUCACCAUAAGCCCAAACAGAACUAAUAUUAGACUUGGCCUGACUACAGUGUCUUCAGAUAGUAUGAACUGUUUGAACUGGGUUGUUAGGAAAUUGAAAGAAAACGGCCCAAGAAUGUCACCAUUAAUCAUUUACUGCCGUACACUGACGACUUGUGGAAAGGUGUUCUGUCACCUAAAAGAUGAACUUGGUGAUGACUGCUGGGUUGAUAGGGAUCCAGAACACAGGGUAGUAAACUUACUUAUCGGUAUGUUUCAUAGCCAAACACUUCCCCAUCACAAGAAGAGAGUACUUGCUUCAUUAGAAGGUGAUGGUGCAUGCAGAGUGGUUGUAGCUACGACAGCUCUCGGAAUGGGCUUAAACUUUCCAAACAUAUCCCAUGUCAUAAUGUAUGGCUCACCUGAGGAUGUGGAGGACAUUGUACAGGAGGUUGGCAGGGCUGGGCGAGAUGGAUCUCCAUCACAUGCCAUUAUUUACAAUGUUAAUCAGCAUACAAGAUUGGAUGAGGGUGUUAAAACACUGUUAAAAAAGGGCACCACUAGCUGCCUUAGGAAGGCGUUAUACUCGCACUUUGAGCACCACACUGAAAGUGUUGUACCAGGACAUUUGUGCUGCUCAUACUGCCACUCAGUUUGUUUGUGUAGCCAUGGAGGUUGUGACUCGGCAUUACCUGUAUACGAACUGUCUCAUGAUGUCCAGUAG